AUGCCAAUGGACGCUGCUGCUCCGGAAUCCUGCCUGUCGGCCCGCCGUCGUCCCUUACUACUAGCUUAUUAUCCGUCCGUAUACUAUCUCGGCUAUAUGGGUAGUGUGCGCGGCUUGCAAAUCGGCAAUAUAUCGCACCUAUUAAUCGUCGUCUAUUUCGUCCUCGUUUUCAUCAUCAUCGCUAAUGACCUCGGUUCCAUCCUCGCGGACGUUGUGCGGGAACGCUUUGACGCUGCCGAAAUACUUCCGGCUGAUGGCAAUAGCAAUAUCGCGGUACGCGGAUAA